CAGUCAUUAAACACUUGUGGAUUAUAGCUGGAGGAUGGCUAAGGCAAUUUUCAGUUUUCUGCAAAGUAGAAUCCAUUCGCAGGUUUUGUCAUGAGUCACUUCCAUUUUACCUCUGCAACUUUUUAAAAACUAGAAUCGUUUUUUAUUGCCGUCUUUUUAGUUUUCCUCUGACAGUAAAUAUUAGAAAAGCUUCCUCAAUGUUGGGUGCUGCGUAUCAGACAAGUGUAUUUGUUUUUGUUUUAGCAUCAAACAGUGAAGCCGGAGGAGCAUUGGGUAGAUGAAAUGGGGAAAGCUUAGUUUGGAUAAAGGUUAACAUGAGCCGAUGGACGGAGGUGUUGUAAUGUGCAAGGUGCCAUGUUUGGGGACGACUGCUCCGACAGUCUGACCAUUGACUUCUGUCAGACACCACAGUCAGAGAUCAGGUGGGUCAGCACCUCUGGCAGCAAAGGUGGCAGCAAAGGUGGAGCAAAGGUGGAGAGAAUGUUUCUUUUGGCAGGAAGUAAAGCAACAGAUGGAAGAAGCGAACGCAGAUCCAUCUACCAGAAGUUCCGUGAGUAUGAGGUGCUGGACAAGAAGAAGACAGUGACAGCUCUGAGAGCAGGAGAGGACAGAGCCAUACUGCUGGGCCUCAGCAUGGUCUUCUUCUCUGUCAUGACGUACUUUGUCCUGGGAAUCACCAUACUGCGCUCUUACUCUGAGAGUGUGUGGACUAAUGAGGUCAGCUGCACCAUCGUGAACUCCACCAUCAUGUGGGAUGUAAACUGUUCAUACAGCUGUGGGGCAGAGUGCUGGAAGAACUCCCGUUACCCCUGUCUCCAGGUCUACGUCAGCCUCAACUCCUCAGGAAAGGUGAUGCGACUGCUGCACAACGAGGAGACUGAGGACAACAACCCUGAGUGCUUCUACAUCCCAAAGUGUCGUAAAGACUAUGCAGCCACACACGCCAUAGUUCAGAACAUUUCUGGGCGUCUCAGGCCUCAGCACUCAGUUCAGUGUUUCGUGGACCCUACGGAGAGGAUGGACUGUGCCAUUUUGACUCAGAUUUACGGUCGGGUCGCCGUCUUCCACUCCCUGUUCUGGCCAACCUGCACACUGAUCGGAGGAACCAUUAUCGUUGCCAUGGUGAAGUUCACUCAGUACCUAUCCAGCAUGUGUGAGCGACUGAGCCGCAUCAAGACGUGACGGAGAGAAAGGCGGCCGGUUCAGAUGGAAGUUCCUGUAAUACGGACAAACGAACAAUUGGAAGCAGUGGAGUGGAUCUGGCCAGUGGAAGCCAGAUGUGGUCUGAAGGUGACACCUGGAAUGCUGAGAUUUACACAGGGACAAUCUAAAAGUUUUCAGAAAGAGGAGCAAGUGUUUUUGAGACAGUUGAAAGCCACAUAUAAAGUUAAAUUGAUACUGGUUGAACACUUGUGGCAUCUGCUGGUGGUUGAAGUGUAGUAACAAUCUUUGAAAUUAUGAUUUGCAGCGUAAAAUCUAUGCAAAUGUGAAAUAACAUGUUGACGUAUCUGUUCUGCAUUUGCUGUUAAACAUUUUGGGAAGUAUGUUCUUUCUCUCCCAUUUAAUGUCCAAUAAAUAUGAAGCUACAGCUAGCAACUAGUUAGCUUAGCUUAGCACUCCAAACAAAAUGAAACAGCUAGCCUGACUUACAGUGAGAAAUACUGUAAGUCAGAAAUACUGAGAAACAAAAGCGAUAUUCAUAAUGACAAGUGCUUUCCAUCUUUUUAAUGUAGUUUGUCCAGUGUAGUUAUGGGUCCCUUUAUGAUAUUUGUACAAGGUGUUUUGAAAAAUGGUGUAAAAAUUGUCUGAAACCAGUGAUAAAGUAUUUUUAAGAUGUCUGCUGUCCUAAAAAAAAAGGGUUACUAAGAUCAAGUUGAACUAGCAAACAGAGUUUUGUGUAAUGCUCAGCAAAAUAGUAUUGUGUAAGUGUACUUCUGAAAAUGUCCAACUUGUAAUGACAGAGCUUCUUAAACUGUAUCUUGACACCAAAAGUGCAUUUAAGCCAUCUGGGGCCACAUGAACCAAUCCUUGAUUCAAUGCUUCAUUUGCUAUUGACCUUUGCGAAACAUCCCAUCAGAAUAAAAGUUGCAGUGCAGGCAGAGCUUAUCAAAUAGGCUAUGAUCACAUAGCUGAGCCAGCUUUCAUUUCCAGCUCAGAAGAUUGAAUGAUGAAAGAAUGUGUGCUGUCAGUUCAUCAUUAACAUAGUAGCUAGAAAAAUCAUUGGGGCAACCUAGUAGCUUAAUGAUUUGGACGCACACCACAAAUCCCCUGGGUAGUGGUCUAUGGUUCAAUUCCUAUUUCCCUGCCCCUCCUGUCCAUGUGCACUAAUAUCAAAUAAGAGCACAGAACAGAACAUGAGGGGGGGGCCAGCCACUGGCUUUCAAGGCUGUUUUCUUGCAUGGUAGUCAUGAGUGCAUGAGUUGACACUGAAUUGGUCAAUACACAUUAAACAGCACUAUGAAAACAUU